AUGGCCAAAUCCUACGAUUAUCUCUUCAAGCUGCUUCUUAUUGGAGAUUCUGGCGUCGGAAAGACAUGUGUGUUGUUUCGAUUUUCGGACGAUUCAUUCAAUAAUUCAUUCAUCUCCACUAUCGGUAUUGAUUUCAAGAUACGAACGAUAGAAUUGGAUGGAAAGAAAAUCAAACUACAGAUAUGGGAUACCGCCGGUCAGGAACGCUUUCGAACAAUUACGACCGCUUACUAUCGAGGGGCUAUGGGGAUUAUGUUGGUGUACGAUAUAACAAAUGAGAAGUCAUUUGAUAAUAUAAAAAACUGGAUUCGAAAUAUCGAAGAACAUGCAUCGUCGGAUGUGGAUCGAAUGAUUAUCGGUAAUAAAUGCGAUAUUGAAGAAAGGAGACAGGUAUCACGAGAACGCGGUGAACAGUUGGCUAUAGAAUACGGUACGAAAUUCAUGGAAACAUCGGCCAAAACCAAUAUCAAUGUUGAAGAGGCGUUUUUCACGUUGGCUCGUGACAUAAAAUUGAAAACAGAACGUGCAUCACAACAGAACACUACCCAAAAUACUGGUCGAAUAGCGGUCCACCAAACGCCGAAAAAAAACUCUUCCCUCUUUUCGGGUUGGAGAUGCUCGCUUGUCUAG